AUGGGCACCAACCCAGCAUCCUACACUCCCAAACCAGAACAAAAUGAAUCCACCGGUUCUCCGGCGGACUACCGGCGACCGUCGAAGGGUCUCGUCGGUAUCUUCCUCUCCGGACUCUUUAUGUCUUCUUUUGUAUAUCUGAUCGUCAAUCAAGGGUCAGAACCCCAGUCAGAAGUCAAUGCCCAUCAGCAGAAGUCUUCGCCUUCAAAAUCGGUUUCACCCGUUACUUUGAAACCUCCAUCGAGAGGGGAAUCUGAGGGUGUAUCAGAAGAGACUUUCCGGGAGAUUAGCGGCGAAACUGAGGACUAUCCUUGGACCAAUUCUAUGUUGUCUUGGCAAAGAACAUCUUACCAUUUUCAACCUGUAAAGAACUGGAUGAAUGGUCCAUUGUUCCAUAUGGGGUGGUACCAUCUUUUUUACCAAUAUAACCCUGACUCUGCCGUUUGGAGCAACAUCACAUGGGGCCAUGCUGUAUCAAGGGAUCUAAUUCAUUGGCUCCACCUUCCCUUGGCGAUGGUUCGUGAUAGCUGGUUCGAUUUCAAUGGUGUAUGGACCGGGUCCGCCACAAUCCUUCCUGAUGGUCAGAUCAUCAUGUUGUACACUGGGUCCACCAAUGAUUUUGUGCAGGUGCAAAAUCUUGCGUACCCUUCCAACGUGUCCGAUCCUCUUCUCCUUGAAUGGGUCAAGUACCCUGGUAACCCGGUGAUGGCGCCUCCAUCGGGCAUUGCUGAUGAUGACUUUCGUGACCCGACCACAGCAUGGCUCGGCCUGGAUGGUAAGUGGCGGAUCACAGUCGGGUCAAAGGUUAAUAAGGAUGGAAUGGCGUUUGUUUACAAAACAACAGACUUCAUAAGCUACGAGCUGGCGGAUCAGAGUCUGUAUGCGAUUCCAGGCACGGGUAUGUGGGAGUGUGUCGACUUUUACCCGGUUUCUACUACUGAGCCAAACGGGUUGGACACAUCUUCAAAUGGGCCGGGCAUUAAGCAUGUUCUGAAAGCUAGUUUACAAGAUUAUGCGCAUGAUUAUUAUGUACUCGGGACCUAUGAUCCGAUAACGGACACAUGGACCCCCGACAACCCGGAUUUGGAUGUGGGUUUCAGGUUUCGGGUCGAUUAUGGAAAAUACUAUGCAUCAAAGACGUUUUAUGACCAAUAUAAGAAGAGGAGGAUCCUGUGGGCAUGGAUUGGAGAAACCGAUAGUGAAGAUAUUGACAUCGCGAAGGGCUGGGCCUCUGUUCUGACAAUUCCAAGGACUGUGGUGUUUGACAAGAAGACAGGAACCAAUAUACUUCAAUGGCCCGUUGAGGAAGUGGAGAGUUUGAGGUUGGGCAGUCAUGAAUUCGAAGAGGUGGAUCUUCAUCCAGGAUCAGUUGUGCCACUCGUUGUGGGCUCUGCUACACAGUUAGACAUAGUUGCCGUGUUUGAAAUAGAUAAAGAAGCCUUGGAGGCGACCGUUGAGGCUGAUGUGGGUUACAAUUGCACUACUAGCGGUGGGGCUCGCAGUAGAGGCAUUUUAGGACCAUUUGGCCUUCUAGUUCUCGCUGACGAAACUCAUUCUGAGCUUACACCUGUUUAUUUCUACAACGCUAAAGGCACUGAUGGGAGUGCUGAGACAUACUUCUGUGCCGAUGAAACAAGGUCAUCAAAAGCUUCUGAUGUUGGCAAACAAGUUUAUGGAAGCAAGGUUCCUGUGCUCAAUGGUGAAAAAUUAUCUAUGAGGCUAUUGGUUGAUCACUCCAUAGUGGAGAGCUUCGCUCAAGGAGGGAGGACAGUCAUCACAUCGCGAGUUUAUCCUACAACAGCAAUUUAUGGAGCAGCACGGGUGUUCCUGUUUAACAAUGCCACAGGAGUGAGUGUCAAGGCAUCAGUAAAGAUUUGGCACAUUGAUUCAGCAGAUAUUCACCCUUUCCCCUUGGAUCAAUUGUAA